AUGGCCCCACAGGUGGGAGACCUUGAGGGGAGUAGGGUUUUCCGUCCGUGCUGGAGCAGCCUCCUCUCUGUCUGCGGUGUCAAGGGGAGGUCCCCAAAGGCACGGUCCGCCUUCGCUGCGUCGCCCUCUUCCCGGGACGCGGGCAACGGGGCUACGGUGACGUCGCCGGGAGCUCGCGCCGCUGCUACUUUCGCUCCUUCUUUCGAAGGUACUCUUUCUGCUGCUGCUCCUCCUGCUGCUGCCUGGUAGGUGCUGAUGGCUACCUAGAGGGGACGGCGGCCGGUCCUUUUCCGGCGGGGAUGUAAUGGGCCGGCGAGUAUCCCAUCACAUCUCCUUCGCGGAAAUGGUCCCAAUUUUUUCGACCGAUUUCUUCGCGGGAUGGGUCUGGGCGUACGAUGUAUUUUACUAUUGCAGUGAUUCUCGUCGCAUGAUGUUAUUGGGGCUGAUUGACACUCUCUGAGAUUUACUCAAAAGUUCAUGCUGUACAUAUUGGAUGAUCUACGUUUUGCGAUGCUCCAGCACCUCGCAUCGGGGAGGUUGAGAGGAUCACGAAGGAGACGAGCGUGCAGGUUAGAUUGGACUUGGAUGGAUCAGGAGUCGCCGACUGCAACACGGGCAUUCCCUUUCUUGAUCACAUGCUAGACGUAAGCAUGCCUUCUUUUUUCUGUUUUUGGAGUUCUCACUGAGAAUAAAUCGUUCAAGUCCACAGGUAAUAAAAAUAAGUGCAUCUUAUGAAUUGAAGUUUAAACCAUCUUUCUAAUCAUUUUUUAGGAUGACCCCAAGAAUCCAAUGAUCAACUGCAUACACUCUCGGCAUUUUGAGUAAAAUGAUUUCUGAGUGAAAACCUCGACCAAGUUGGCAGGCUUGAGCCAUAUGUUGUAUUGGAUGAACUUUUCUGUUGUGGUUGAGACAGAGCCAGCGCGCCCAGUAGAAGGUACAUGUGAAGAAGGGGUUGGGGUGAGGUAGUGAUGAACUUCUUGAUGCUGUAUCAACCAUCCAAAGCUGCUCAAUUAAUGUAAAGAAUAAUCGGCCGAAUAGUAGAUAUCCAAACCCAAACUCUGAAGCUGAGUAAUGGGAUAGGGCACAUUUUUCUGUGAGAAAAUGAAUGACUUUCAGUUCUAUUCUGAGUAUGAAACCGCUACCAUCCGCAUCAUGUCAAUCAAAAGCCCUGGCAAGAGGGAUUAUCGUUGUUCAGUCAUUGUUCAAUCAGCCAUCAAUUCUAUUAUAAUUGGGCGUCUAUGAACAAAUAUUUUGUAUUAUGAGAAAAUAUUUUAUAGUUGCAUAAACCAGUUAUCAAUCAAUAUUCGUACGGUGUAAUGAUUAGUUAUCGUUGUUGCACAGCAAGCAUAUGGCAGAAUGCUUGCUACAUUCCCAAGCCUAGCUGCACUGAUGCAAGCAUGUGAACUCAAGGAAAUUUUAUAAAGAUCAAUUAUCAGGAUGCUUUAUAAUUGAUGAAUCACCGAUCAUAUUGAAUAAUAGGUCAAUUAUAUGCCUCCUAUCAUUUUCUUUGAUCAUAUCAUUAUUCUGGCCUAUCGAGUGGCAUGCUUUUGUAUGUCUAGUUUCAAUUAUGACAAAAUCAGCAAGUUUUUUCUGGAACUCCAUGAACUCCGUUAAAAUAAAUUGGACAUGUCGAAGUUUGAAGAAAUUGGACUUUCUGAUGACAGGAGAGCAAUAAAAUUUUGAUAUAAGAUGUGUUAAGUCAUAGCCAAUUUCAAUUUAGCAUUUCUGCGUCUUUGAUUUAAUAAUGAAAAAGAAAAGGUUUCAAUCAUUACGAUUGGUCCACGGAGCAAGAUUUUUUGUCACUUUGUUUUAUAAUCUCAAGUUCUAGGUGCCCAUAAUGCUGAAACAUAGCCUACUCUUAAAUUCUACAAUACCUUUGCAAAGGGUUAGGUCUGACCCCUGCGACCCAACAUUAGGCGGUUUUUAUGAGUUCAUCUUUCUCCAAAGCCUUUAUUCCAUGAUGUUUUCAGUUUUUUCUGGAGGUAAUAUCUUUUUUCACUUUAUUCUGACGAAUUAUAAAUAAUCAGUGUCGUCUGAUAUGUAACGUUUACUGGACAUAAAAAUUGCAUUGGGCAGCAAAUAGCAUCACAUGGCCUAUUUGACUUGACUGUGAAGGCUUCUGGUGAUAUCCACAUCGAUGACCAUCAUACGAAUGAAGAUGUUGCACUUGCGAUUGGAACAGUAAAUUUCUCUCUCUAUUUCAUCUCUCCUUUCUUUUUUUCAGAGUGUACAGUUGCUGCGAAGCAUUUAUUCUUUUUUCCUGUGAAGCUUUUUUUUUUUUCUUCAUUCAUGGAAUCUUACUUGUCCUUUUGCGUUAUUAGGCACUAUUAAAAGCUCUUGGGGAUAGGAAAGGGAUUUAUCGGUUUGGAAAUUUUUCAGCUCCCCUUGAUGAAGCUGCUGUUAAUGUUAUACUGGUAAAGUCUGGACUCUUCAUGUAGACUAUGAAUUAUGAAACUCCAAGCUUUCCGUUUAUGAUAAAUUUCAUUUAUUUUUUUUCGAAAUGUCUACAUGCCAUUAUUUUUUGUGAAAGUUUUAGCUCGUAAAGCUGAAAAGAUCAAGGUCCAUAAACCUGUGGUUGCUGAAUUCUCUUCAUGAGUAUAUUUUUUAUAUUUUCCUCACUGAGAUGAUAUUUGUUUCAUGAUGAGCAUAUCUCAGAUGUUAUUGAUGAUAAAUCAUAAUGAGUCCUAAACAUGUGAUUUAUUAUUUCGGAAAUUCUUUUAAUUCCAAUCAUUGCAACAGGAUUUAUCGGGUCGUCCACAUCUGGCGUAUGAUCUUCGCAUCCCCACAGAGAGAGUUGGGACUUAUGAUACCCAGGUAUGUCAUUUCUCAUUUGUUUUUGCAUGAGCUUACCGUUUCUCUUAGAUAAUCACGCUCAAAUACCAUCAUUUUUCUUCUAAUCCCCUUUCCUUUUACCUUUCAUUAAGCCCGUUGAAGUGUAUAUGGUUUAUUACUUCCAUGCUUCCAUCACUAUUGGCCAUCCUGGACCCCCCUUAAAGCAGAAACCAUCAGGGCUGGGUGGGUUUUCAAGGGACUAAAAAAAUGAAGGCAUCAAAGUCUUUAUUUGGAACCUAAAAGUUUUUUAAUUAGGGUUUUUUUGUCAUUGUUUUUUUGGAAAAUAAGCUGAUGAAAUCAAAAUCUGGCUUGGGCUUAAUAGAUAUGGGGUUGGACUCCGGUUCUCUAAGGUAGAUGGAACCAGAUGGUUGGAAGAAACAAACACCUAUCAGCAUCUUUGGAGUUGAAACAUUGGGAAUUGAUGGAAAUAUGUGGGAAGUUUAAAUGAGAUUAAAAAUUCUUGAUGCCCGUGGCUUGCACCCAGGGAAUCAAAACCAGUUCUGCUCUGUGAAAGAGUAACAAAGAUUUACAGGUAAAUCCGUCUUUCUUUACUAAUUGGUGAGAGACAAGCGACCAGGACAGAUCUGCAGAAUCCUCCGCGACCCAUAUUCUUACUUUAAUGGAGGAAAGCAAGCUGUGAGAUCACCCUGCAGGAGAUUCAGUCAGUGGUGGCCGGUGGACAGAGCCAUGAACUAGAAGGGGAAUUGCCUCCCAGAAGAGAUCUUACCCAAGAACUGAUCAAACUACCCGCAACUUGGAACAAUAAUCCAUAGAAAAUAAGGAUUGGAGGAGAAGGAUUUAACUUGCAGAUUAGAUUGCUAGAGAGUAAUCUAGCAAUCUUCCACUAGUCCCCAAAAUUGUCCUCUGAUCGUCCUCUUGGUUGCUCUUCUGUAUUCGACCACUAUUGAUUUCAUCUGAAAUGAUUGAACAAACCUCACUUAUUUAUUCUGGGUUUUUUUCUCCCCCCCAAUUUGUGAAUGUAUAUGGCGCGUUCUCAUCAGCUGGUGGAGCACUUCUUUCAGUCUCUGGUUAACACAUCUGGAAUGACGCUCCACAUCCAACAGGCGAGUGCUUUUUCUUUAGAAAAACCUCCGUUGUAGAUAUUUCAGUAAAUAUUACUGCAAUCCCUUUGUAGAAUGACAAAAGGAUUCAAUAAAUAUUAUAAUAAUAAGAAUAAUAAGAAUAUUUACUGAUGUAUUGGUGGUAUUAAAAGAAUAUGGUGUGCUGCAACGGUCCUAACAGGAUUUUAUGUAGAAUUACGUUCAAAUCAGAAAAAAAAAAUGAUUCAAUUUCAUGAAUUCAUAUUGAGUUCAGCACAUUUUAUUAUUAUUUGCGCUGUAUAUAAAUUUAUGGUGACCUGGCCUUUGAGACUGCUGUAGAUUGUAAAACUCCUGCAGCACUCCCACCGUUGCUGCUUAAAGACAGAGAUGGAUGAUGAACAUUAGGGUUUGGGUAAUCAAUCCUGCUUAAGAAAUGCAAACGAAUCUGCUCUCUGGUCGAUCGUUGGCCAUAUUUUGCAUGAAGAACUGAACUUAGAUCUGUAUCUCUUUGGCCAAGCAGAUGGCUGGGAAGAAUUCUCAUCAUAUCAUCGAGGCGACAUUCAAAGCUUUUGCUCGAGCUCUUCGACAGGCAACAGAGUGCGACCCACGUCGGCAAGGGGCUGUACCCAGGUACGUCAAGCAGCUUUAACUUUGACUUUGACUUUGAUCUUCACCUCCGAAAUCCGUUUCUAAAGACUGGAGCUGAUGAUCAAGUUCACCCACUAUUUUUUAGACUUUGGAAUAUGCUCAUGGAAUCUUCAACGUUAUGUUUCAUCUUAACAAUCUGAGUAGAAGUGCUCAUCCGAACGUCACAAAUGCUUGCCCAAUAAUAGAUGCUUACAUCGUUUAUGUUCUUAUUUGUAGACCCCUAAAGCUUCCGAAAUGGUAGAAUCAAACCCUACCACUAGAUGCACAAAUAUAGUUGAUGAGCCCUUGAGAAAAGAACCACAUAUGCAUGCCCUCAUAGUUUGUGUUCUCAGUUAUAAACCCAGAAGAUUUAGAAUGGUAGAAGAAUCAGUCCCCAACAUGAUGAGCCCUAGAAAAAAAAAUGAGCCUAUAUGCAUCAGCAGUGGUCUAGAUUAGCAUGGUUUGUGGUCUAAUUUAUAAACCCUAAAGCUUCAAAAUGGCAGAAUUAGCUUUAAAACAUACGAUCAGCUCCAGAAAAGCUCCUUAACUUAAAUGAGAAAUGGUCUUCAUAGCCUAUGUACUCACCCACCAAGACCUAAAAGCUUGAAAUUUUUAUAUAUGUGAUUAGCCCUAGAAAAUACCUCAUGUAAGAGAGCAAUAUUCUACGUUAAUAUGAUUGCUGUUCUCAUUUGUAAGCCCUGAAGCUCCUGAAAUUUAUGUUGAAAUUUUCAGACAUCUGAAAAAUUAUGUAUUGUCUUGUUGGUUGCAGCUCCAAAGGAAUUCUAUCACGUUCUUGA